AUGGAGAUGGGAAGGAAGAUGAUGGUGGUGGUGGUUUUGGUUAUGGUACUAUUGGAAGGGUCUAAAGCAUUGGAGUUGUGUAACAUAAAUGAGGAUGGUCUAAUGGCAUGCAAGCCCGCAGUGACUGCACCGAACCCGGUCACGCCUACACCGGAGUGUUGCCAAGCUCUUUCAGGGGCUGACUUGACAUGUUUGUGUUCUUAUAGGAACUCGUUCAUUUUGCCUUCUCUUGGGAUUGAUCCUGAUCUUGCCAUGGCACUCCCUGCCAAGUGCAACCUCACCCCUCCUACCAAUUGCUAA